UUACUUAGUCUUUUGAGGUACGCCCCGGAAGAUGCCUACGUCAAUCUGUUUGUUGCCUACUCUGCUGGCGAUCCCAAUACUCAGGAUGCGGAAUCCGAUGACGAGGAUGUCGACGCACCCACGCUCCGCAUUCUCUUGCCGCCUACAUCGGUCUCGGAAGUCAAAUUUUAG